AUGAGCAACAGUGAAAUGGAUAAAACCACAAAAGAGAAGGAAUCAAAGACACCGCCACCAACAUCACAGGAGCAGUCUUCGACCACCACCAGCACCGGAGCAGUUAAUACAGAUUGGGCCAGCUUUCAGGCAUAUUCUCCCAUGCCUCCACAUGGAUUCAUGGCACAAAGUCCCCAAACUCACCCUUAUAUGUGGGGUGUCCAGCACAUCAUGCCUCCUUAUGGUACUCCACCACAUCCCUAUGUUGCAAUGUAUCCCCAUGGUGGCAUAUAUGCUCAUCCAUCCAUGCCUCCGGGAUCUUAUCCGUACAGUCCUUAUGCGAUGCCUACUCCAAACGGUAUUGCUGAGGCUUCAGGAAACACUCCCGCCAGCAUUGAAACUGAUGGUAAGCCUCCUGAGGUGAAGGAAAAAUUGCCAAUCAAAAGAUCAAAAGGAAGUUUGGGUAGUUUGAACAUGAUUACGGGCAAAAAUAAUGAACAUGGUAAAACAACGGGCACAUCUGCUAAUGGAGUUCACUCAAAGAGUGGUGAAAGUGGAAGUUUUGAAGGUACUAGUGAAGGAAGUGAUGCAAAUUCUCAGAAUGGCUCUCAAUUGAAAUCUGGAGACAGGCAGGAUUCUUUCGAAGGUGAACCAUCUCAAAAUGGAAGUUCAGCGCAUACUUCUCAAAACGGGGGACUCAAUACACCUCAUACGCUGGUUAAUCAAACUAUGUCUAUCAUGCCUAUCGCCGCGACUGGUACUCCUGGAGCUGUUACUGGUCCUGCAACAAAUCUAAAUAUAGGAAUGGAUUAUUGGGGCACACCAGCUCCAUCCAAUAUUCCUGCUCUCCGUGGAAAGGUUCCGGCUACUGCAGUUGCGGGAGGGAUAGUUACUGGUGGAUCACGGGAUAGUGUUCAAUCACAACUUUGGCUACAGGAUGAAAGAGAGCUUAAAAGGCAAAGGCGGAAGCAGUCUAAUAGGGAAUCUGCUCGGAGAUCCAGGCUGCGCAAACAGGCUGAGUGCGACGAAUUAGCUCAGCGUGCUGAUGUUUUGAAAGAAGAGAAUGCUUCCCUCCGAUUAGAAAUAAGCCGCAUUAGAAGCGAGUAUGAGCAGCUACUUUCCGAGAACGCAGCUCUCAAGCAGAGACUUGAGGAACAACCCAGUAAAGAUCAAAACAUUGGUAGCGACACUCAACAGAGUGGACAGACAGAGGAUGUGCAAGCUGGUCAUUAG